AUCUCGCUGCUCUCUCCAAGGCAGUGAGGCAUUUCCUCUUUUUAUCUUGUGGUCAUAUUUAGGCUGCUGAGUAUUCAAGUUUCAUUACCCAAGGGCAGCUUCAGGCUCCUUUAGAACCAGGCUAGGAAUGAGGACUGGGACCAAGAAAAUGAGCCAGAGGGCCUACUAGUCCGGUGGCAUUUACGGAGGCUGUCCUGUCUUGAGCCAAGUCUAUGUAAAAGCCCGAGGAGUCUGUGAUGACGGACUGCUACCUGAUUGGAUCUGCACCGGAGGCGGUGGUUUAGGGAGCCGAGGAUUCUACAAGCCGGACACGUGGGAACGAACUGUGAGGAGACUGAGGGGGUCUCACAGGCCAAAAAAGUUGGGAGGUUUGCAGGACCUAGAGGCAACUCUCAGGAUGAACCUGAGUCUUACCAAGGUAGUUAAUGGCUGUCGCCUAGGAAAACUAAAAAACCUAGGCAAGACGGAGGACCGCACCAUGGACAUUCCAGGCUGCCUUCUGUAUACCAAGACUGGCUCUGCCCCACACCUGACCCAUCACACCCUGCGUAAUAUCCACGGGGUUCCUGCCAUGGCCCAGCUUACACUGUCAUCACUGGCAGAACAUCAUGAAGUCUUGGCAGAAUAUAAGGAAGGAGUUGGAAAGUUUAUAGGCAUGCCAGAAUCACUCUUGUACUGCUCCCUGCACGACCCAGUCAGCCCCUGCCCAGCUGGCCAUGUAACAAACAAGUCUGUGUCUGUGUGGGGUUUUGGAGGACGAGUGGAAAUGACCGUUUCCAAGUUCAUGGCAAUUCAACAGGCCCUUCAGCCAGACUGGUUCCAGUGCCUCUCAGAUGGAGAAGCAUCUUGUGCAGAAGCAACUUCCAUAAAAAGAGCCAGAAAGUCUGUUGACCGAUCGCUUCUAUUCCUGGAUAAUUGUCUGCGGUUACAAGAACAGUCAGAGGUCCUUAAGAAAAGUACGAUCAUUGGCGUGAUCGAAGGUGGAGACGUGAUGGAGGAGAGGCUGAGGUCAGCACGAGAGACAGCCAAGCGGCCCGUAGGGGGCUUCCUGCUGGAUGGAUUUCAAGGGAAUCCAACAACUCUGGAGACUAGACUGCACUUGCUGUCAUCUGUCACCGCAGAGCUGCCGGAAGACAAACCAAGGCUCAUCUGUGGUGUUAGCCGGCCAGAUGAGGUGCUCGAGUGUAUUGAAAGAGGAGUGGACUUAUUUGAGAGUUUUUUCCCUUAUCAAGUGACAGAGCGGGGAUGUGCCCUGACUUUCAGCUUUGAUUACCAGCCGAAUCCUGAGGAGACAUUAUUACAACAAAAUGGGUCAGAAGAAGAAAUAAAAUAUGUGGAGCAAACAAAGAAAAUUAAAACAACCAGUUGCAACCAAGAAAUGACAUCAUUUGAAAUUAAUCUGAAGGAAAAAAAGUACCAGGAGGAUUUUGACCCGCUGGUGAGAGGGUGUUCCUGUUACUGCUGUAAGAACCACACGCGUGCGUACAUCCACCAUCUGCUGGUGACAAGUGAACUGUUGGCUGGGGUCCUGCUCAUGAUACACAACUUUGAACACUACUUUGGGUUUUUCCACUCUAUCCGGGAAGCACUGAAGAAUGACAGACUGGCAAAGCUGAAAGAGCUCAUCCGCAGGCAAUCAUCUUGAGACCUGUCACACACAAGUCUAACUCCUCACAUUGAGCCAGUACUCCUGUUGGGAUGUGGGAAGAAGAGAACAAGAAAUGAACUAAGAUUUCAUCAUUUGUGCUUGAGAAUAAGGACUGCUCAGAUAAGGAAUGUCUGUACCAAACUCUGCCCACAUAAGGAUAAAGAGAUUUUUUCUGAAGACUUAAAUGACCUGGCCUGAUCAGAAAUGAGUGAACCGUGCAUAUUUCUAUGCGAACUCUUUUAGUCAAUAGAGAUUUGUUUAGUCAAAGACAAAAGCUUUCGAUGUGAAAAGAAAGCCUGGAAUUGGUGGUGAGGAGAUUCUGAGGGUCAGUGGGUUGGACGAGCUGGAGGGAGCUGAGUAGUCCUGAGUAGCAUGACCUCGUGGACUCCUGCCUGUUGACUGGAGAAGGAAUCUGGCUGAUUUAGGAGUUUUCUUUCUUUUCGUCCUUAUGUUCUCAGGGGCCUCUUUUGGACACUUCUGUCUUCCAAGCUUUCCCGGCAGUUCAAUGAAUCAGAAAUGGCUCUUGCGACCUAACCAGGCUUGCCUCUCCGUGGACUGUGGGGCUCACACAUUGCUCCUGGACCAACUGGCCCAGGGCACACGCCCUCGUUUGGCUACGUGGUCUGUUUGUGACUUGUGUCCCUGGAGCUAACUGGAAGUCUGCCUAACUGCAUCUGGUUGUACAGGUGUGCUGUGACCUGCUCUUCAGGUUCAUUGAUCGUCUGAGAGCAUAAUAACUAGCCCCAUCACCUGGGGAGAUUCCUUCACCGCAUGUUGCCUCGGACAGAGCCCUGGACUGGCUAUCCGAGGAUUGGGUCUCAGUGCCACUCACCUUCCCAUGGCUGCUUCCUCCUGACUAGAUAGGGACAGGCAUAGCGGAUGGGACUAAAUGAAAUUCUAAAGUUCCAUGUAGUGCUAGUAUUUGGGGAACAAAAGGUUGUCGAUUAAAGUCCUAGCCUUACUUGUCAUUCUUGUUUAUUGAUCACUGUUGGCCUGAUGAAUCACGUAGCGGUGCCAGGAGUCAGACAGCAGCAGAAAUACUUGAGAGCCUGAAAAGAGGGUUGGCCUCUGGAUUUUGAGAUGGCUCGUGAAUUGGCAUUAGAUCCUGAGUCUGGGAAGACCUUCCCGGAUCAUCUCUGCUUCUGUGACUUUUUCUGCUCUUGCCAGAGGACUGACAUCCAUGCUGACAGUGUGACAGGUGGUUUUUUUGUGUGUGUGCUUUUCUGUAUUUAUCAAGUUUCUUUAAGAAUUACAUACACAUAGUUUUUAUGAAAAUAACAAUAAAAAAGAUGCCUUUGUUUUGUUUGUAGGAGUGUGAAAUAUAUUUGUUUGACGUUCUUGUGCUAUAUUUUGCUGUUUGUUCAUUUUAGGGCAUUACUCAACAUUGUUUUAAAUUCUGUAGGUACCAUAUUUUUAUGUGUUGGGUGCCCAUCUACAUGGUCUUCUUUUAUUAGUGGUAUAGGAAUGUCCAUGAAUUCAAUUUUGGAAUUCAUGAAGUUCAGAAUUCAUGGACAUUCCUAUAACCUCUCUCCUCCAUGAAUGGCAAGGUUACUUAUGAAAGGAAGAAUUUCCAUCCUCAAGGAUCUGAUUGUUUUGAAAUAUGUUGGACUGGACUAGUUCUAUGUUUAUAUUCCUGUUCAAUGCCAAAUCCAUUAUUGGAGGAGUAUUAAUAAAUAUCCCCAAAUCUUUAUAAAAUGUAUGUUUUAUUAUAUGUUUAUUUAUGUUCAAAACAUUGAAAAUUCUGUCCAAUAUCCUCCAUUUUUCUGGGUCUUUUUCUUAUUAACACAUUUGAAAACAAUGUUUCUGUAAUGUAAAUCUAUUAAAGUCAAUAGCCCAUAAACAUUUUUAAUUAAAAAAAUAUACUGUCUUGUUUCCUGUGAAUAGUAGUGAAUCCAUUGAAAUAUUAAAUUUUCAUGGUACCAGAAGUGUUCUCUAUUGGAAAAAGAUUUUCUACAUUUAUUUUAUUCAUAGUUAUUGUUUUAAGUGCACUCACACUAAAUGCAGAAUCCAAGGAGAUUCAGGAUGCACCUGUCUCCUUAAAUUAUAUGAUUGGGGGCCUAAAGCCAUGCUUAGCACAUAAUAAAAAUAAUAACCACAACCUAUGGAGCAUUUUCAAUGUGUCAGGCACCUUAGUAAAUGCUUUUCAUACCUAUCUCAUUG